UAGCCAGACUCUACUAUCUAUUUUCCUUGGGCUAGCUGCAAAUGGAGAAACUGACUGCAAUUGAAGUUGUUGAUGAUAGUAAGAGAGAAGAAUUGAAAGGUUUCUUAUACAAACACCUGCCUGACACAAUAGAGAUUAUAUGUGGAUUAAAGUUAGCAAAGGAGCUCAAUGCCAAAGUUUUCACUGACGACAGCUGGCCUGAUGUAAAAACUGUUAUCUAUACUUAUAAUGAAGGAGAAUUUACAUUUAUCUAUCCAUUUGGUACUGAUAAUUCAAAAACUGCUGUUACAUUAAAGUCUGUAAUUGAUUCACUUCUCGACAAUGCCCAGCAACCAAUGAUUACUGGUUGUGAAGAGGUUUUUCAAGAAAUGAAGAAAUUAGGGAUAGAUCAAAAAAUUUCAGUACCUACAUUUCGAUAUGUUUACACACAGAAUACCACAAAGAUCGAAAGACCGGCUCUUUCUGAAGGAUAUAUAAUUGAUAGCAUUCACUCGUCUGAUGUUGAGUAUGUUGUAUCAAAAUGGAAAUUAGCUAAAAAUAGUCUUAAAAUGAAACAGUUGAUGCGGCAUUUGAUUGCCCAUCAUCCAAAUGCUGCAAUUUAUGAUACAUCAACAGAACCUCCUCGUCCAGUCUCCUGGAAUGUAUCAUCAGGACUAGGUAUUCUUCAGCACUUAUAUACUCAUGAAGAGCAUCGUGGGAAAGGUUUAGCUACCAUAGUUAAAGCGGAGUUGAUGGAAAAGAUUUUAGCCGAAGAAAUCACUCCAGUAGGUUACAUUGAUUUUGAUAAUGUUAAAAGCCAACAAGUUUCAGAGUUUCUCGGAUAUACUAAAACAGGAUCAGUGUUGUUUCAUACCGAACUCUAACAUAAAAUAAUCAUUAAUAAUUCUAACUAUAUUAAUAACAACUCUAUUUUCUAGAUUAUAGAUCUAUAUAUAAUUUGUUUUUUUUUUCACAAUGAUUCUAAAUAUUACCAGCACAAUCUAUAGAGUGGAAUCUCAGUGGAAUCUAGUCUCGCAAGCCAGACCAUUCAUUCCCGAGCCUACAGUUAUUUGGGAAAUGGUCUGGCUUGCAGGACUAGCGGAUGCUGCACUGAGAGCCUGGGAGUGAGAUUCCAGCUAGCAUCCAAAA